AUGAAUCCCGUGCUGGGCAACCAGACGGAAGCGGCCGGGCUCUUCUUGGCCAACAGCAGUGACUCGCUGGAGCGGGUCCUGCGGUGCUGUACCCAGGCGUCCGUGGUGACAGACGAUGGCUUUGGGGAGAGCGGGCAGGACGAACGGAGUCUCUACAUUAUGCGAGUGGUGCAGAUAGCGGUUAUGUGCGUCCUGUCGCUCACCGUUGUCUUUGGCAUCUUCUUCCUCGGCUGCAACCUGCUUAUCAAGUCGGAGGGCAUGAUCAACUUCCUAGUGAAGGAUAGGCGACCAUCCAAGGAGGUGGAGGCUGUAGUUGUGGGACCUUACUGA